UAUUCAUUUGACUUUUGUGUGUACUGCAGCAGGCAGCGAUUGAUCCUUUCUCUCCAAGUAGUACAUGCAAUACACCACUCACUGUCUUUCUUCUCUCUCAACCAAGUGUGAGUGUUGAAGCAGUGAAGAACACUGUGAAUCCCUCAUCUGGUAUCAUGGCAGAAGAACACAAGAAAAGCAAAGAUGGUAACAUGGUUUUGCCUUUUUCACGUAGCAACUCAAAGGUGGUAGAUGCAGAGCAAAACCCCACAGACAUGAAAGAGACCAAAGACAGCAAGAAGGAAGAGGAAGGCAAGAGUGGUAGCGUUCCAUUUUACAAGCUCUUCUCAUUUGCAGACUCCAUUGAUGUUGUCCUGAUGAUUUUGGGCACUGUUGGAGCAGUAGCAAAUGGUUCUGCUCUGCCACUCACAACACUUUUGUUUGGCAAUCUCAUUAAUUCUUUUGGAGGAAAUAAAAAUGAUCACUCUGUUCUCCAUCAAGUUUCUAAGGUAGCUCUUCAAUUUGUCUAUUUAGCAAUCGGAGCAGGCGUUGCAUCUUUUCUUCAGGUUGCUUGCUGGAUGGCUACUGGAGAAAGACAAGCUGCCAGAAUGAGGAACUUGUAUCUGCAAGCCAUACUGAGGCAGGAAAUUGCAUUCUUUGACAAAGAAGCAAACACUGGAGAAAUUGUUGGGAGGUUGUCAGGUGACACAGUUCUCAUUCAAGAUGCCAUGGGUGAAAAGGCAGGAAAAUUUAUUCAGCUUAUCUCAACCUUCAUUGGAGGCUUCACAGUGGCUUUUGUUCAGGGCUGGCUUCUCACACUUGUGAUGCUUUCCACAAUCCCUCCACUUGUAGUUGCUGGUGCAGCCAUGUCCACAGUAAUAAGCAAGAUGGCCUCUCGUGGCCAAACCGCUUAUGCUGAAGCAUCAGUCAUCGUUGAACAAACAAUAAGUUCAAUUAGAAUAGUAGCAUCCUUUACAGGAGAGAAGCAAUCGGUUAACAAGUACAGCAGUUCUCUUAGAGGUGCUUACAAUGCCACUGUCCAAGAGGGUUUGGCUGCUGGUCUGGGUCUUGGUACUGCCUCAUGUGUCAUGUUCUGUGGAUAUGCUUUGGGGGUAUGGUAUGGUUCAAAGCUGAUACUGAAUAACAAUUACUCUGGUGGAGAUGUCAUUACAGCCAUCUUCGCAGUCUUGACUGGCUCCUUGUCUUUAGGCCAGGCAUCUCCUUGCCUGAGCUCAUUUGCAGCGGGACAAGCUGCCGUUUUCAAAAUGUUUGAGACAAUCAACAGAAAGACAGAGAUUGAUGCAUAUGACACCAGAGGGAAGAAGCUGGAUGACAUUCAUGGAGACAUUGAAUUUAAGAAUGUGUGUUUUUGUUAUCCUUCAAGACCUGAUGAAGAGAUAUUCAGAGACUUGUCUCUGUUCAUAGAAAGAGGGAAUACUGUGGCAUUGGUUGGAGAGAGUGGAAGUGGGAAGUCCACAGUCAUCAGUUUGAUAGAAAGAUUUUAUGAUCCAAAAUCUGGUGAAGUACUGAUUGAUGGUAUCAAUAUCAAGGACUUCCAAUUGAGAUGGAUAAGAGGGAAGAUUGGUCUUGUCAGCCAGGAACCAGUCCUCUUCUCAUGCAGCAUUAGAGAUAACAUAGCUUAUGGCAGGGAUGAUGCAACUACUGAAGAAAUAAUUGCUGCAUCUGAGCUAGCUAAUGCUUCAAAAUUUAUAAACAGCAUGCCUCAGGGAAUUGACACCAUGGUCGGUGAGUUAGGAACUCAACUAUCUGGUGGGCAGAAACAAAGAGUGGCCAUUGCAAGAGCAAUACUGAAAGAUCCUCGGAUUCUGCUACUUGAUGAAGCUACCAGCGCAUUGGAUGCAGAGUCAGAAAGGGUUGUGCAGGAGGCACUUGAUAGAGUGAUGACAAACCGAACGACUGUUAUUGUUGCUCACCGGUUGAGUACAGUGAGGAAGGCUGACACAAUUACUGUCUUACAUGGAGGGAAAAUUGUAGAAAAAGGUUCACAUUCUGAACUACUGGACGACAGGAAUGGAGCCUACAGUCAGUUCAUCCGGUUGCAGGAAUUGGACCAGGAAUUGAAUCACAGUGUUCAGUCUGAAGAUGACAAGUUCAUCACAUUAGUCGAAGCAGGCCGACAGCUGAGCAGCCAGACUUCACUUCACCGUUCAAUCAGCCGGGGGUCCUUCGGGAGCAGCAGUCGGCGGUCAUUGUCGAUCCCUUUCGGCAUACCUAUAGGACUUGAUAUUCAAGAUGGAGGCCCGGAGGACCCCGACAUGGAAAUGCCUUGUAAACAGCCACCAGUACCACUCCAGCGUCUUGUUCAUCUUAACAAGCCUGAGCUCCCUGUACUCAUCCUUGGUGCGGCUGCUGCAAUUGUCAGCGGAGUCUUGCUGCCGAUAUUUGGUCUCCUCUUAUCAAACAUCAUAGAAACAUUCUACCAGCCACCACCAAAGCUGAAGAGGGAUGCAAAGUUUUGGUCAGCUAUGUUUGUGGCCACUGGUGUUAUAUAUCUGCUAGCACUGCCAACAAAAUCAUACUUCUUUGCUGUGGCUGGAGCCAAAUUGAUAAGAAGGAUUAGAUUGAUGACUUUUGAGAAGCUGGUUCACAUGGAGAUGGCAUGGUUCGAUGAUCCUGUAAACUCAAGCGCAGCCAUUGGGGCCAGGCUCUCAGCUGAUGCAGCAACAGUCAGAUGUCUCGUUGGUGAUGCUCUAGCAUUGCUUGUUCAGAAUACAGCCACUUUACUUGCUGGUUUGGUGAUUGCUUUUGUUGCCAAUUGGCAACUUUCUCUGAUAAUCUUGGCAUUGAUACCUCUCAUAGGCCUGAAUGGAUGGAUACAAAUAGAAUUCAUGAAGGGAUUCAGCGCUGAUGCCAAGAUCAUGUAUGAGGAAGCAAGUCAAGUAGCUAAUGAUGCAGUUGGAAGCAUCCGAACAGUUGCUUCAUUUUCAGCAGAGGAGAAGGUGACCGAACUGUACAAAAGGAAAUGUAAUGGCCCUACUGUCACCGGAAUUAGGCAAGGUUUGAUCAGUGGCAUCGGGUUUGGGCUCUCAUUUUUCUUGCUAUACUCCGUAUAUGCACUCAGUUUCUAUGCUGGAGCUCGGCUUGUUGAGGAUGGCAAGACAUCAUUUCCCAAGGUUUUCCGGGUGUUCUUUGCUCUACUGAUGGCAGCUAUUGGAAUCUCUCAGUCAAGCUCUGUGGCGCCUGAUUCUAGCAAAGCAAACUCUGCAACAGCCUCAGUGUUUGCAAUUCUAGACAGGAAGUCUAUUGUUGAUCCAAGUGAUGAAUCUGGGAUGAAAUUAGAAAGCUUAAGAGGCAAUAUUGAAUUCAGACAUGUGAACUUCAGGUAUCCACUGAGGCAUGACGUCCAGAUAUUCCAAGACUUGAACUUGAUCAUUCAAUCUGGAAAGACUGUGGCACUGGUUGGUGAGAGUGGGAGUGGGAAAUCUACAGCAUUGGCAUUACUGCAGCGGUUUUACGAGCCAGAUUCAGGCCAAAUACUGGUAGAUGGAACAGAGAUAGACAAGUUCCAGGUGAAAUGGUUGAGGCAGCAGAUGGGGCUGGUUAGCCAAGAACCAGUCUUGUUCAAUGACGCCAUCCGAGCAAACAUCGCUUAUGGAAAGGAAGGAAAAGCUACCGAGGCCGAGAUCAUUGCUGCUGCUGAAUUAGCAAGUGCUCAUAGGUUCAUCAGCUCAUUGCAGCAGGGUUACGACACAUUGGUAGGGGAGAGAGGCAUUCAGUUGUCAGGGGGGCAAAAGCAGCGGGUGGCGAUAGCAAGGGCCAUAGUGAAGGAGCCGAAGAUCCUAUUACUGGAUGAGGCAACUAGUGCACUGGACAUUGAAUCAGAGAGGAUAGUUCAGGAGGCUCUGGAACAAGUGAUGAAGAACAGGACAACUGUGGUGGUUGCUCACAGGCUUUGUACAAUAAAAAAUGCAGACUUGAUUGCAGUGAUCAAGAAUGGAGCUGUAGUGGAGAAGGGAAAGCAUGAAACACUCAUGAACAUCAAGGAUGGAGCUUAUGCCUCCUUGGUUGCACUUCAAUCCAAGUCUUACUACUCUUCAUAAAUUUUCUGAUCAUCAUCCUUUUAAGACAUGUAUGCUCUGUGCAAAGUGUAAUACAUAUAUAUAUAUAUGGAUCUCUUCACUAUAGUUUAUUCA